AUGUCUACAGAAGCCAGCGGAAAGGGGGUUCUCCUCAAAGCCGACCCGAUCGCGAAUGCUUUCCGCGACGAGAUCCAGGCAUCACUCGCUACGCGCCCUCGGCCGCCAAGGCUUGUCGGCAUCCUCGCGACAUCUGCUGCACCGAGCAAGUUCUAUGCAGAGUUUACCAAGAAGCAAUGCGAUGCGCUUGGGGUAGAAUUUGUGCUAAGACGGGUUGGUGCCGCCGCGGACCCUACGCUCAGUGAGGGGGACGGCGUAGAGGAGGCUAUCAUCGAAGCGAACGAGGACGAGAACGUGCAUGGAAUUAUGGUCUAUUAUCCGAUCUUCGGCGGUCAGCAGGACCACUAUUUGCAACAGAUUGUCUCGCCGUUCAAGGACGUUGAGGGACUGCACUUCAAAUUCCAUUACAACUUGUAUCAUAAGUACGACCAGCCACCGGCGGGCACGGUCAAGUCAAUCCUACCUUGCACGCCCCUUGCGGUCGUAAAGUGCCUCGAACACAUCGGCAUAUACAAUAGGCUUUUGCCAUACGGAGACCGCGCGUAUGGCAAGACGGUCACGGUCAUCAACCGGUCAGAGGUCGUAGGACGCCCACUCGCCGCACUCCUCGCAAAUGACGGUGCGCGGGUGUUCUCGGUCGACAUUGACUCCAUUCAGGCAUGUAUCCAUCAUUUCGAGUACAAUAAGCGGCCACAGCAGAGCACAGAUGCCGCGCGGCGUUAUCAUCCGCGACACGUUGUGCACCCGAGCACGCUCUCCCUGGAGGAGUGCCUUGCGUUCUCGGACGUCAUCGUCUCAGCGGUGCCAAAUGCAUCGUACAAGGUGAAGACAGCGUUGCUCAAGGACGGAUGCGUAUGCAUAAAUGUCGCCGCCGACAAGAACUUCGAGGCCGAUGUAAGAGAGAAGGCGUCGCUGUAUAUGCCCACAAUCGGCAAGGUCACCAUCAUGAUGCUGCUGCGAAACCUGUGCGUCUGA